AGCUUUCAGACAUCUUGCAUUUUGCAAUUUGAAAGAACGAAUUGUUUCUUUCGCUGGCACGGGCCCUUACGCUAUUAGUAAAGGUUGGGUUCUGAUAUAUUUUUCCUUGGAAAACGGGGUAGUGCACAUGAAGUUCUGAGCAGCUGUGCCGUGCUCGCGUGCGAACCCUACAGCGGAUUGUCUUUCCCCGGGGCGUCCUGUAUUGUGCGUCAUUUUCGUUUCUUCAUUUUCCCCUCGACUCAACAUGGCAACACCCGCCGCUGUUAAUCCGUCGGAGAUGGGCUCGGACCUCCCUGGGCCCGUGGCGAUGCCUGGAGCCGUGGUGGGGGCUGGGCAGGUGCGCAUGGCUGCUUCCAUGCCAGGCCGCGGGGGCAAGAGGAGAUCCGGCGGAAUGGACUUUGAUGACGAAGAUGGAGAAGGACCCAGCAAAUUUUCAAGAGAGAACCACAGCGAGAUCGAGCGGCGCCGCAGGAACAAGAUGACCCAGUACAUCACGGAGCUGUCGGACAUGGUGCCCACCUGCAGCGCCCUGGCCCGCAAGCCUGACAAGCUGACCAUCCUGCGCAUGGCCGUGUCGCACAUGAAGUCCAUGAGGGGCACGGGAAACACCUCCACCGACGGGGCCUACAAGCCCUCCUUUCUGACCGAGCAGGAGCUGAAGCACCUGAUUCUGGAGGCGGCGGACGGCUUCCUGUUUGUGGUGGCGGCGGAGACGGGCCGGGUGAUCUACGUGUCGGACUCGGUGACCCCCGUGCUCAACCAUCCGCAGCAGGAGUGGUUCGGGAGCACGCUGUACGAGCAGGUCCACCCGGACGACGUGGACAAGCUGAGGGAGCAGCUCAGCACCUCAGAGAACUCCAUGACAGGCCGGAUCCUGGAUCUGAAGACGGGCACUGUGAAGAAAGAGGGCCAGCAGUCCUCCAUGAGAAUGUGCAUGGGCUCCAGGCGCUCCUUCAUCUGCCGAAUGAGGUGUGGGACUGCUCCUUUAGACCAUAUCUCAUUGAAUCGUCUGUCCAACAUGAGAAAGAGAUACAGGAACGGCCUGGGACCCUCCAAAGAAGGGGAGGCACAGUACUCCGUGGUGCACUGUACAGGAUACAUCAAAGCAUGGCCGCCUGCAGGUAUGACGAUACCAGAUGAGGACUCGGACGCAGGGCAGACCAGCAAAUACUGCCUGGUUGCGAUCGGAAGGCUUCAGGUGACCAGCUGCCCGGUGUCCAUGGACAUGAAUGGGCUGUCGGUGCCCACAGAGUUCCUCUCGCGCCACAACUCAGACGGCGUCAUCACCUUCGUCGACCCCCGCUGCAUCAACGUGAUUGGAUACCAGCCCCAGGACCUGCUGGGGAAGGACAUUCUGGAGUUCUGCCACCCUGAAGACCAGAGUCACCUGCGGGAGAGCUUUCAGCAGGUGGUGAAGCUGAAGGGCCAGGUCCUCUCGGUGAUGUAUCGCUUCCGCAUGAAGAACAGGGAGUGGAUGCUGCUUCGGACCAGCAGCUUCACCUUCCAGAACCCGUACUCCGACGAGAUCGAGUACAUCAUCUGCACCAACACCAACGUCAAGCAGCUGCAGCAGCAACAGCAGGCCGAGAUGGAGGUGCACCAGAGAGACGGCCUGUCGGCUUACGACCUCUCCCAGGUUCCUGUCCCCGGUGUGGGUGGCGCUGUCCAUGAGGCAGGAAAGCCCAUCGACAAAUCAGAGGCCAUGUUUUCCCAGGAAAGAGACCCCCGCUUCGCGGACAUGUACGCUGGGAUCUCAGGAUCCGAUAAGAAGAUGAUGGUUCCGUCCUCCACGGCCGGGGGCCAGCAGCUCUACUCUCAGGGGAGCCCUUUCCAGCCAGGGCAUUCUGGGAAAAGCUUCAGUUCGUCCGUGAUUCACGUUCCUGGAGUCAACGACAUCCAGCCCUCGGCCACGGCUGGCCAGAACUUGGCCCAGAUCUCCCGGCAGCUCAAUCCCAGCCAGGUGGCCUGGACCGGAAGCCGGCCUCCCUUUUCCGGCCAGCAAAUCUCCUCGCAGUCUGCCAAGGCCCAGUCCUCUCCGUUCGGCAUUGGCUCCAGCCACAGCUACCCAGCGGACCCCUCCUCCUACAGCCCCUUGUCCAGCCCAGCCACGUCCUCCCCCAGCGGGAACGCCUACUCCAACCUGGCCAACCGCGGCGCAGCCUUCGACAGACAGUGGGACUGGUAAUUCUUCCCCCAGCAGGCAGCACACAGACCCCGUGAGAUUAAAUUAAUGAUGGGUAUGCCGUCUCUUGAUGGAUUUUUCACCCACCGUGGGCAGAAGAAAGGUGUGCAGUGAAGUUGACCCGGGAGCUAUGAUAUGCGCUGAGAUCCUCACACAAGGACCAUCUCCACAGAGGGCUAGCCCAGACUGGCAUCUCUAAACUGACACCUGUUCCUGAUCAUUCUCCAAAGCCCACUUUCUGCUUGGAUUCCAAAUUCAUUUUGAAGUCAGGAUUCGCUGUAGUUAAGGGCUUACAAGGAGAUAAGUUCUGAGAUUUGUGAGCUUAUCGUUCCAGAGAAUGAAAAGCAUAUGUGACUCGUGCGCCGGAAAAAUGUGCUAUGAAUUAUGGGACUUGUAGUGAUUAGGGAUGUUAAAAUGCAUAAAAAUCAGUAUGCGGUUAAACAGACUAUUUUAAACAUUUAAGUUACUGGGCUGUUUAUGCUUUAAUUCCAUAUGACAUUACUGCAGUGUAUUUAUGUGGUUUUGUGCACAACACGCAUAAAGCAGAAAGCAGUGAAAUAAUGUGAAAAAUUAUGUGACCUGACAACUGUCAUCCCUUGUGCUCCAAUAUCAAAGAUGUUAAUAGUGAGAAUAAACAUAUUUAUUGAAUUUGAACCUGAAGCAGUGGUAAAUUAAUGAAACAUUUCUGCCUACAUCAGCCUGAUUAAUAGUCCAAGUAGUGAUGUCUUAAAACCCUUUUCAAUGAGGCAACACCUAAGAAAUAUGAGAACUGGGAUGUUGCUGCUACGGUUGUAUGGGUUUUGGAAAUAUCAGUCUUUUGGCUUGCUUCUUUUGCUUUGAGCUGAAGGAAGGUUGAAGAUAAAUUCAGUUAACUCCUCCAUCUUUUUUUAUUCCUUCUUAAAAAAUGAACACACUUUGAAAAGAUCAAGAUAAAAGGUCAUCUUGUUACAUUUUCCCUCAAAAAAGUUGGAAGCCCUUGUACAAGGGAGCCUCUAGGCCAAGAGUGUCUGGACUUAUCCCAUAAGGGGGUGCAGGUUUCUGAUUCAAGAUGCCUGAUUCUACUUAUCUAGGUCUUGAUGGAAGUUAAUGAUGAGUUAAUUAUUUGAAUUGGGUGUGGUAGUGCUGUGCUAAAACAUAAACUUGCACUAUGUGAUAAGAUUGGACAGCCCUGCUGGAGGCUUACCUUACUGUAGCUCAGCUCAUUUGUAGUGUAACGUUCAUGGUGCUUAGUGGGCAUUAAUCACAAUUAUGUGCACUCAGAAGGUGCUGUAGUAGCCCACCCCUGCAGAGGUACUCUAAUGCAUCAUCACGUCAAAGGAGUUCUGGUGUCUCUGCACAAUUGGUCCGCUUUGCAGAACAAUGCACUGCUUUUCCCGUUCGUAUGCGGAUAUGGUUGAUGCCAUUAAAUGAUGAAAAAUUGAGCUGCAUCUCCCCCUGCAUUUGCUCAGCAUAAUUAAGCUUUUGUCCAAGUUGUCCUGUGUGUGGCUUUAAAUGUCACAGUGCCAAAUAAACCUCACAGUAUGUCAGCUUGCUUGUGAGCUGGAUGUUUUUAAAGAUUGUUAGUGAAGUCCGUACUAUAGGGGUCUGAGUGUCUUGAAGGAUAUAUAGACACUGCUCAGUGUCAGUCAUGUGAACAAAUGUUUCCUUCAACAGCUGAAGCAACAUUUUGAUCAUUAUUGUCUGAAAGCUUUUUGACAAAAAUGGAUUUGAGUGGGCUCCGUGUAUUAUAGACCAAUUGAUCUUCAAGAGCCUAGUCAUUACUGAAGACCUUCAGUCGUGUCCCUUAUUGUUGUGUUGCACAUUGAUUUUCUAUGGCAGCUUGACGUGAGGUUAGCCUGUCACAUGGCCUGCUAUGCAGUGUUAAGGUGUAUCACACAGUUUGGGUUUUGUUUAAGCGUCUGUAACUGGCCCGUCUUCUUCAGAGGAUUCCUCACUAGACUGUUCAAUGAAAAUGAAGUCAUUUAGCUGGAAUGAAUCAUACCGGUUCACCAUCCCCAAAACAGAAGCCGAAAUGGAAAAACAGCCAACUCUGGGGAAUACCAGCCUGUCCAAUUUUAUGCUCGAUGGCUUCACUCUGGCCUCCGCUUGUAAUUCAGCACAGACUAUGCUAAUGUGAAGCCUGAAAGGCUGAGCUGUGUGGCAGUGCGGGGGUAGCCUGGCUUUACCUCUC